AGCUAGGAACGAGUCUUCAAAUAUUCAACUAGUCGUGGCUAGCUAGGCUCUUAGCUUAGCAUUCGUCAAUCGCCUCAUGAUUCUCUGCAAUUAGCUGUACUCCAAUGUCACGCGCAUGUCCUUUCGCAACUUAGGAAAAGCACGUAGCUGUGUUUUACACGGCGCCACGGACUGGAUCGUGCACCUGUGAAAUGGGGGCGCUUUGAACGGUGGGAAAGGGGGUAGGCUAGGUCGUCGUCUGGAAUAGAAGAUGAUAAUGCAUUUUGAUUUGACUAUGAGUCAGUUGGAGGGUCGUCUUGGGGCAUAUCUUCUAAGGAUACUAUGUACAGAUCUCCGAUUUGGGACGCUAUAGAAAAGCGACCCAUCAGCUCUGCGGCCUUCGACUAUCGUCAUGGCCACUCGCUUUCCGCCCUCGUCCUAGCUGUCGCAGCUCGCCUCGUGCUGCUCGGUUACAUGCUGCAACACGUCCGUGGUGCUGUCUAUCUGUCCUACUGCAUGGCCGUGGCUUCUAGAUGGAGCUGGAAGAUAAAAUGGCGCAGGGCAUCAAUCAAGGCAACACGAGUGGGCUAAAGCAGCUGGCAAUCGCCUUUUCCCUGUUUGAAAUGAUCUUGACUGUAGUUGUGCUUGCUGCAUGUGUGCAUCAUUAUAGUGGAUUUUGUUGGGAAUUAAAUGUCCCCAGAAAAUUUUGAGUGAAGAACU